AUGCAGAAGGUUGGAUUUUUCCCUGGGGAGUGUGUGGAGCUCAUUAACGGAAAAAUCCCGGAGUCUCUCAUCAAUUCAGUGCCAAAGCCAGUGCCAAAGAAGUGCGGCAGGCUCCUCACCUUCCUUCGUUCCGUGGUGAAGGCCCGCCCAAAGCAACGGAAAGAGCGGGAGGUGGAGAAGGAGAGGGUGUUCGGCCGUGACCUGGGAGAGCAUCUUCUCCACUCUGGUCGUGAUGUCCCCCAGGUCCUCCAGAGCUGCGCCGAGUUCAUCGAGCAGCAUGGCGUGGUGCAGGGGAUAUACCGCCUGUCCGGCGUGGCGUCCAACGUCCAGAGACUGCGCCAGGAAUUUGAGUCUGAGCAGGUUCCUGAGCUAACCGUCCGCGACGUUCACAGCGCGAGCUCCCUCUGCAAAAUGUACUUCAGGGAGCUCCCGAACCCCCUGCUGACCGACCAGCUGUACGACAAGUUCUCGGAUGCUGCUGGUGCCACUACGGAGGAGGAGCGGCUGGUCAGAAUGCAGGACGCCAUCCAGCAGCUGCCCGCUCCUCACUACAGGACCCUGGCGUAUCUGAUGAGACACUUGGCCUGUCUGGCUGGGCACUGCUCCACCACAAACAUGCAUGCGAAGAACUUAGCGACUGUGUGGGCUCCAAACCUCUUAAGCAUGGAACUGCAGACGCAGUUGGCAGUGGUGGAAUUCAUCAUCGACCACACAGACAUCCUCUUCUGCUCCACAUGUGGACCUGACAUGGCAGAUGGAGCAGGGCACAGUUCUCUCUCAGGGCCCCAGUCUGUGCGGGCGUCUUCUCCUGCCACAGAGCUGCUCAGCGUGGAGGAGGCGCAGGCAUGGAGGCGAGGCCACAGCAGCUCUCCUGUGGUUGUGACAGAGAGCACGGACAUGGAAGUGGAAGAAGGCCCCACAGCUGUACGGGGGAAAUUCCACACAGUCAUUGACUUUCCAUCUGAAAGACCAAGUCCACUGGGAAGGAUGAAGGAAUCACCAGGUGGCUGUUGGUGUUCCUGCUUCAGCCUGGGAAAACCAUCUUCUGGGGCCAAACGCCAACCGCAGUGCCGUCCCAGGGAGCCCACAGAGACAGACGUUGUAGUCCUGGCAGGUGAUUUGAGCUCUUGUCAACCGAGCAGAGCCGGAGCAAGUAGCGAUGCUGGGCUGUAUGCUUCCACCAAUGGAGAGCUUGCAGGAAGCACAAGUGGCUGUGGAUCAGCUGACAGCCUGCCACAUAACAACAGUGACAGACACGAGGAGCUCAUCCAAGUCCUAGCCCUCAUUUCUCCCGGCUCUGCUGAAGAUGCUGACCUGAGCCUGCCAGAAACCACAGGCACCAGCCUGGACUGUGACCCGGUGCCUCUGCAGUGCAGCCCAGCCCAAGCACAGCCUGAGUGCCCUGACAGCAGCACCUCUGUGCAGGAGCAGGUCAGCAACAGUGAGGAGAAGCCGUGCCUCUUGGAGGGGGACUUAGAAUCAGGCCUCCAGUCCCAGGCACCAUGCAGCGGCUCUGAGAGCUCUGAGCCACUCUCUCUGUGA